AUGGCUACCAAGAUUGACUCAAAGGAGUCAGCUGUUGGACUAUUAGCGGCCUAUGACACUUUUCUCUUUGACUGCGACGGUGUGCUAUGGUUAGGUGAUCAUUUGCUGCCCCACGUCGUCGAAACUUUGGAACUUUUGCGAUCUUUGAAGAAAAAAGUGAUAUUUGUCACUAACAAUUCCACGAAAUCUCGAAGACAAUACACUGCCAAGUUCGCCAAAUUCGGAUUAAAUGUCACAGAGGAGGAAAUAUUCGGGUCUGCAUACGCUUCAGCUGUUUACUUGUCGACCAUUGUGGCUCUUCCUAAAGAGCGUAAAGUUUGGGUUCUGGGCCAGUCGGGAAUAGAGGACGAGCUGCAUCAGCUCGGUUAUGAAACUCUGGGUGGAUCUGACCCGGAAUUAGAUAGAGAGUUCAACUCCGAGUCUCCACUAUUGAACGUUGAUCCUACUGUCGGAGCUGUUGUAGCUGGUUUAGAUAUCAAGGUCAACUACUACAGAUUGGCUGCUACACUUCAAUACUUGAGAGAUCCAAAGGUAGAGUUUGUGGCUACAAACAUUGAUUCCACUUACCCACAAAAGGGCAGAGUUUUGCCUGGGGCAGGGUCAAUUGUUGAGUCUGCUGCUUGUGCUUCGGGAAGACAGCCCGUUGCUUGUGGGAAACCCAGCCAAGGGAUGAUGGCAGCAAUUAAAGCUGUUCAUCAGUUUGAUCCCAGUAAAGCAAUUAUGGUAGGCGACCGGCUGAAUACUGACAUGAAGUUUGGAAGAGAUGGAGGGCUGGCCACAUUAUUGGUCUUAACAGGAAUUGAAACCAAGGAAGGUCUAGACUCUUUGGCUCCCAAUUUGAAACCUACAUUCUAUGCUGAGAAGCUAGGGGACCUGUUUUUGCAUAGCAAAUAA